AUGCCUAUCAACCAACCCUCCAACCAGAUCAAGUUCACCAACGUUUCGGUGGUGCGCCUAAAAAAGGGCAAGAAGCGCUUCGAACUCGCCUGCUACAAGAAUAAACUGCUUGAAUACCGAUCAGGCGCCGAAAAAGACCUCGACAAUGUCCUCCAAGUCCCCACCGUCUUCCUCUCUGUCUCCAAAGCACAAACUGCCCCGUCAGCAGAACUAGCAAAAUCUUUUGGAGCAGGCACACCCCGAGAGGAAAUCCUCCAAGAAAUUCUCCGCAAGGGUGAAGUGCAGGUCGGCGAGCGCGAACGCAAAGACAUCCUCGAACGAGUAGAGAAGGAAGUCCUGGACAUCGUCUCUGGUCGCCUAGUCGACCCCACCACAAAGCGCGUGUACACAUCAGGCAUGAUUCACAAGGCGUUGGACCAGUUGAGCUCAGCCAGUGGACAACAAGGACAACAGGCCGGAGAAGCAAACGGAAACAGCGAGGAGAAGGCAGCACAGUCCAAGAAGCCCAUGUGGACCGGAGUAUCGUCGAACCGGUCAGCGAAGAGUCAAGCUCUAGAUGCCAUGAAGGCUCUUAUAGCCUGGCAGCCCAUUCCUGUGAUGCGGGCCCGCAUGCGUCUCCGUGUGACUUGCCCUGUGUCACUAUUGAAGCAGUCUGUUAAGGCUGCUCCUGGGGCUGCCCCAGCCAAAGACAAGGAGGCACCCUCGGGUGGCUCUAAGAAUAAGAAGGGAAACAAGGGAAAGAAGGGAAAGCGUGGUGAUGACUCGGAUAUUGAGGGUGGGUCUGACGCCGAAGCUGCACCCAAAGCCCCCGGUACCGUCAAGGAUAAGAUUCUGGCCUUGAUUGAGUCGAUAGAAUCGCAAGAAGUUAUUGGUGGGGAUGAAUGGGAGAUUGUUGGUUUCGCCGAGCCUGGUGCAUUCAAGGGAUUAAAUGAGUUUGUGGGUAACGAGACUCGCGGAAGAGGCCGGGUUGAGGUUUUGGAUAUGUCGGUCACGCAUGAGGAUUGA